AUGUCUAUUCUUUUUAUUUCCCCUGUGGGAAAUAAUCAGGAAGCGUCGGACCCACCAUUACCCUCUGUUAAUCUCCCCGUUCAUCACCCUUCCAGCGCCGUGAUGUUGCUCAAGACUGUUGGAUUUAUCCUAUGGAAAUACUAUAGUAGCGAUGAAUUCCUAGAUCAUCUGUGUACCCGAAAUCUUGUAAAAGUACUUAUGCACAAUGAGUUGACGAUUGACUUAGCCACCGGUUCCGAGAUGACGACAGCCAAGAAUCGGGUGGGACCAUUCGAUGCGGGAUAUGUUUCGGUUGGGGAGAGCUUUCCAAAUGCCCGUCCAGUCUCGGGUUUGAAUUUAAGGGUUGAGAGUGGCCAGAUGGGAAUGCCUUGUACCCUUACAUCCAUUAUAACCAGCGACGGUGAAGCCGUCUGGACCAACCACAUCCGACAAGUCCUGGCCGACUUGAACAUAACCCUGUCCCACGUGUAUCUUAUCCACUGGCACAGUGACCACACAGGUGGAGUGCCAGAUCUCUUCGCACAUCGGCCCGAAUGCACCGCGUGGAUCUAUAAGUGUGAUCUAGAUCGAAACCAGAAGGUCAUCACGGACAGAGACGUUUUCCGCGUCGAAGGCGUGACCGUCCGCGCUAUCUUCAGCUCAGACCAUGCCCACGACCAUAUUUGA